AUGGGCGCCCAGCUCCUGAAGGAAGCCGCCACCAAAACCAACGACGCCGCUGGAGACGGCACCACCACCUCUGUGGUACUGGCUCAGGCCAUAAUCACCGACGGCUUCAAGAACGUAACCGCAGGCGCCAACCCCAUGGCCAUCAAGCGCGGCAUUGAGUACGCCGUUGCAGCCGUGGUAGGCGAGUUGCAGGGAAUGUCUCAGUCGGUGGAGACCCGUGAGCGCAUUGGCCAGGUGGCCAGCCUCUCGGCCCACGAGGAUGCCAUCGGCGAGACAAUCGCCGAGGCAAUGGAAAAGGUAGGAAAGGACGGCGUUAUCACCGUCGAGGAAUCCAAGGGUCUUUCUGACGAGAUCGAGUACGUUGAAGGGAUGCAGGUCGACCGCGGCUACAUCUCUCCUUACUUCAUCACCAACCCCGACCGCAUGGAGUCGGUCCUGGAAGAUCCCACCAUCAUCAUCACCGACAAGAAGAUUUCCGCUGUUGCCGAGCUCCUGCCCGCGCUGGAAAAACUCCUGCAGGUCGGCCGCAAGAACGUGUUGGUCGUCGCUGAGGACGUGGACGGCGAGGCACUGGCCACCGUCGUGGUCAACAAGCUCCGCGGCACCCUCAACGCGCUAGCCGUCAAGGCCCCCGGCUUCGGUGACCGCCGCAAGGCCAUGCUGGAAGACAUCGCCAUCCUGACCGGUGGCACCGUCAUCAGCGAGGAGACCGGCCGCAAGCUGGACUCCGCCACCCUCGAGGACUUCGGCCAGGCCCGCCGGGUCACCGCCACCAAGGACGAAACCACCGUCGUCGAAGGCCGAGGCUCCGAGGAUGCCAUCCAGGCCCGCAUCACCCAAAUCAAGGCCCAGAUCGAAGACACCACCUCAGAGUUCGACCGCGAGAAGCUGCAGGAGCGGAUGGCCAAGCUGUCCGGCGGUGUCGCGGUGAUCAAGGUCGGCGCGGCCACGGAGAUCGAGCUCAAGGAGCGCAAGGCCCGCGUCGAGGACGCCCUGUCGGCCACCCGCUCCGCCGUUGAAGAGGGCAUCGUGCCCGGAGGCGGCGUUGCCCUUGUCCGCGCACAGCGCGCCCUGGAGAACGUUCGCGAAAUGCCUCUGGACGAGAAGGUCGGCGUGGACAUCAUCCGCCGGGCCCUCGAGCAGCCCCUCAAGCUCAUAGUCGAGAACGCUGGGUUCGAAGGCGCUGUGGUCCUCAACCAGGUCAAGCAACAGGCCGACGAUUACGGUUAUGACGCCGAGGUCGGAGAAUACGGCCCAAUGCUGGAAAGGGUAUCGUAG